CGCACUUAUAUAUAUGUUCUAGCUGGCCGGUUUCAGAGACGCAAGGGCAUGGAAACCGACGCCGAGCCGCCGCAGCCGAGCGACGCGCCAUUGCCAGCAAUCGAGACGCUCACCAUCUGCACUGAGGACCCGCCGACGCCGGCAUCCGAGCCUCUGAGUGAGCGCGGUGACAACAACGACACAGGCCCCUCCUCCUCGUACGACCGAGGACCACCCGAUUGUCGAGGCCAUGCUUGGCACCGUCGUUAAAGACGUCGACAACUUUUACCUCUCGCUAGACGACCUCGACGUGCGCGUCGUCCUGCAUGUGGCGUCAGCGCUCUCAGCCCUCGCCGCGGCCGAGCCGAUGACGACCGUGCGCAACGUGCGUCUCCUCAGCUGUGUCUUGGGCCUCGAGACCAUCGGCGCGUGGCUCGAGCGCUACGGCGUCGACUGCCUCCGCCCGCUCCUCAAGGCGUCCAUCCGGCGGCAGCGGCGCUCGUUCAACGACGCGCCGACGCAGCUAGCACUCAUUUUGACGACGUUCAACAUCACAUCUGCGGUGCUGAGCGUGCGUGACGAGCUGCCAUCAUCGCCUUCUGUGUCGACGGUCCCCGUGCCACCGUCACUGCCGAGCUCGCCCAAGAAGCGGCGGCGACCGCCGGCAGCCUCGUCGCCGCGGCAGGCGGGUGCGCCGCAAGAGGGCCUCCACCUGCUCCUCGCCGAGGUGAUGCACAAGUACCAGCACCGAACACUGUCGCGCAAGCCGCAGUUUAGCAUUGCCAAAGCGUCACCAACUGCGGCGAAUGCAGCUUCUCGGCGGCAGCUCUCGCUCUCGUACGGCAACAUGAAAGGCAAAGUCGCCGCCACGUCGCCUUCCUCCACUGCAUCCUAA